AUGGAGUCAGACACUCUUUCAGAUGUGGACGUUCUUGAAGACUUGUUGCACGAUGUUAAUAGCGAGAGCGACAAUUUUGAAGAUCUUGAAGAAGUGACUAAUGACAUGCUUUUGACUACUGAUGGGCAAAGUGACAAAUUAAUUGAGGCUGAAGAAUUUAAGGCGGUACUUCCAUCACCGCGAUCCACGAUGUUUGAGAACAGCUUGAAUGCGGCUUUAUCUGAUGAUGCUUUCGAAAACCACGAUGAAGAUUUAUCGAGAUUUGGACACAAAACUGUGAAGCAAGGUGUCCUUGAUAGUGCAGCUAAUACAAACGAAAAUAUCACAAAGGAGCAGGAUGAGCAUCAGUAUCCGAAUUUUAACUAUGAAAAUGAUGCGGUCACUCCAAGCCAAAUGCAUGCUGCUCCUUUAAGUGUAGACACUUUUGGCCAAGUAGAAGAGGAACGGGAAUCAGAUACUGAGAUGUUUCAGUAUCAUGAUGACGCAUAUGCGGUCAUAUCUUUAAAUGCUGACCGAUCCGAGGAAGUUGAAGGCGCAAACAAAGUCAAGGAAAUUUUUUCAUCAGAAAUACAUGGGACGAAGAAUGGGGAAUCAUCGACUGCCGUCAUGCCUCCACCGAUCCCAACCACAUUAAUUGUUGGAUUGAUGAACCCUAUAGAUGACUACCUUGAAUCAGACGACUCUCAAGACGAAGAGGAUGAUGCAAAGAUGUCAUUACCACCUCCAUUGCAAUCGUAUGCAUCAGAGGACGAUGACGAGGACAUACUGGAAAUUGACGCAGCGGUAGUUAGCAGUCUUCAAAUUGAAGAGAAUCAACGGCUGGCGGAGCACAUUUCUGAACCAAAAUCAGUUUUGAGCUUUUCUGAGGAAGAAUGUGCUGAUUUGGAAGAUUAUUUGAGCAAGAAAAUAGUUGACAAGAAUGAACGAGACUUCCAUCCAGAUGAAAUAAUUCGUGAAGCACACAUGACGAAUCUGGAAUCUAGCAAUCCGUCCUCUAACGUUCACAAGAUGGAUGGAGGUUCCAAAACACGCAAAAGCAACAACGACGUUAUGUUUGGCAUUCACUACCAAGGAAAGCGAAAGAAGUCGGACGCACAUCAAGCUAACAAAAAUUAUUCGCUCCCGAGUGAUCUUUUUUCGGGGGAUUUCGGACACCAAAAUGAUAUGGCUUUAGAAAGUGACUUGGUUUUUUCUGUCUCGACAGGUAAACCUGAGAGUUCUAGCCUACCGACAGAUAACGAUGAAUUUGAUUUUGACGAGAAUUCUGGUGUCAAUCCAAGUGUGUUUUCGAAGAUUGAUAUCAAAGUUUGUCUCGGCACGCAUGAAGCUCAACAGCGAAAAGAACACGAGAAAAUUGUUGGCGAACUCAAGCGAGAAACGGACGAAGAAAGGAGACGCAAUAUCACACACGUUCCUACUCAGCCCGAUAAAGCAAAAGUCAUGCCGGUUGAUACCUCGAAUUCAAUGUCAUUGACUGAGCUGCACAAUAUUUACAAGCGUGGACUAGGAGAUCAAGAAGUUCUGUUGGACGAUAAAGAUGAUUCGAAAUCUUUUGUCGGCCAACCGGCAUCUCUUCUUGGGCGACUUUUUGGUCAGGAUCAAACCUUGUCCAAGACGAUCGUGGAAGAAGCCGAUGGUAAUGACAGUGAGGAGGAGAAAAUGUCAAAUCACGGAAGGAACAAAUUUGAUUUGGAAACGAGUAGUGAGGAUAACGUUAGAAGGUCAUCAAUCUCUGAAAUGAAUAAUGUCGAUGGUUCGGCAGAGUGGAGAGAGGUCAAACUGGUGCAGCAUGGACAAUUAAAAGAAAUCCCUGACUUUCCUGUUGCUUCAAAUUCGAGCAAUGAUGUAGAAUCCGCUUUUCUAUCGUAUGCUGAAGCAGCAACGUAUUACACAGAGACUCCUGACGUGAUGCAACACAAAGACCUUAUUAUUUCUGAAGAUUUUACUACCCGAUCUUGCUUUGCCUGCUUAUCGCGUCCUCGCCUUACUUUUGAAGGGUCCACAGAAGAGCGCGACCGCGUUUUCUGCAUCGCAGCGACAGCUUUUGAUGGUCAUAACAAAAUUGUAAUCAGAAUGUUGCAAACUAUUUACAAGAAGGUGACAACAAGCUCUCGAAAUGUAUCUUUGAUUGGAAUGCAUUGGGAAAGUAUUGGAUUUCAGGGUACAGACCCGUCUACUGACCUGAGAGGAUGUGGCGUUCUCUCAUUGCUACAGAUGUUGUACCUCGUAGAAAAUUUUCAUGAUCUCAGUCACCGUUUUUAUGCUCUUUCGCAACAUCCAUCUCGGCACUUUCCUUUCGCCUGUGUGCUUAUAAACACAUCGUUGCAAUGUGUUGUAGCCCUGCGAAAUGGAGCUUUGUAUCCCGAAUGCAACAAACAAUCAAGUAUAUUAUCUGGAAUGAACCGGCUAUAUGUUGCACUUGUUUCACAGCUUCACGACGCCAUAUUGUCUCAAGUUAAUGAGAUUCCUCAUAUUUUAAAGUACGUUUUAGACCGAGGUCGAGCAAGUCCAACCAAGGUGAUUAACGAGGUAUUCACCGGUGAUUCGCUACCUCCAUCUCACCUUGUUUGUUCGACCAAACCGGACCCCACGGAGCCAAACACUCCCCCCGAAUUUUCAGAAAUUGGGCUACACCCUGCUGAUGAAUAA